AUGCAGUUGAACCGUCUCUGCUUCGUUUUACCAGCUGACUUCAAUGAAAUCGAGCCGCUGGAUUGCCAAAAGCUGCAGAAACCCACAAAAGAAGAGAUCAAAAAGAAUCCUCGUGGUUAUUGUACGAGUCAUAUUCUUGCUUUCAUCAAGGAUUCACUAUGCAGGCUCUAUUAUGACUUCAAAUGGAUCCACUUUUGUCACCAUGACAGUACACGAAGGAAACGGCACUCGGGUGUGUUUCAAGACAUGGAUGGGAUACAACUUAAGGACAAGGCUGGAGGAGACAAUCCGAGGAUCUUUAGCUUUUCCGAGCUUUAUAUCGGUUCUAAUGGAUUUAGUGAGGAUGGAGUUUUGGGAAGUGGAGGAUUUGGCAAAGUGUACAGAGCAGUUCUGCCAAGUGAUGGAACUGUGGUCGCUGUUAAAUGCUUGGUGGAGAGAGGAGAGCAAUUCGAGAAGACUUUUGUGGCUGAGUUAUUGGCUGUGGCUCACCUCCGCCAUAGGAACCUUGUCCGGCUAAGGGGAUGGUGUGUUCAUGAAAACCAGUUGUUUCUGGUAUAUGACUACAUGCCCAACCUUAGCCUUGACCGCAUACUUUUCAGGAGGCCUGAAAAUAUAGGGUCAGCUCCUCUCAAUUGGGAUCGUAGAAGGAACAUAAUCAGUGGCUUGGCAGCAGCGCUUUUCUAUCUGCAUGAACAGUUGGAAACUCAGAUCAUUCAUCGGGAUAUUAAGACGAGUAACGUGAUGCUUGAUUCCCAUUACAAUGCUCGGCUUGGUGACUUUGGCUUGGCACGGUGGCUGGAACAUGAACUUGAGUACCAAACAAUGACACCAUCAAUGAAAAAUCACCAGUUUCGGCUCUCAGAGACGACCAGAAUUGGUGGAACAAUUGGGUAUUUGCCGCCUGAAAGCUUCCAAAAAAGAAGUGUUGCUACUGCAAAAUCUGAUGUUUUCAGCUUUGGGAUUGUUGUGCUGGAGGUGGUGUCAGGUAGGCGGGCAGUUGACCUCACUUGCCCAGAUGAUCAGAUCAUAUUGCUCGACUGGAUCCGAAGGCUAUCUGAUGAAGGGAAGCUUCUACAGGCAGGGGAUAAUAGGAUUCCAGAUGGGUCUUACAAGCUUUUUGAUAUGGAGCAUUUGUUUCAUCUUGCGCUUCUUUGCACACUUCACAACCCGCAAUCUAGACCAAACAUGAAAUGGGUUGUGGAAGCACUUUCUGGCAACAUUUAUGGAAAAUUGCCGGUUCUCCCAUCAUUUCAGUGCCACCCUCUGUACAUCACUUUAUCCUCUCCCACCACUACCAGCACAAACAACGGCAGCACCAACACCAGGUACACAAUAGCCACUACCAACACAACUAUUUCAUCUAUUUCAUCGACUUUUGUCACAGCCACUGGAGAAACCAUCUAUGCCACUGCUGAAUAUGGAGGCAGUGAUGUCAGCUCUUCUGAAAGCUUCCGUCAGAAAAAAUCAACAUUUCCCAUGAUAGAAACUCCACGAGAGAUAUCCUACAAGGAAAUUAUAUCUGCUACAAAUAAUUUUGCAGAUUCUCAAAGGGUAGCAGAGCUGGACUUUGGAACAGCCUACCAGGGCUUUCUUAACAACCGUCAUCAUAUCCUGGUGAAGCGGCUUGGCAUGAAAACAUGCCCUGCACUGCGGGCACGAUUCUCAAAUGAACUUCAGAACUUAGGAAGGCUCCGCCACAGAAACCUGGUUCAGCUCCGUGGGUGGUGCACUGAGCAAGGAGAGAUGCUUGUUGUCUAUGAUUACUUAGCAGAUCGCCUUCUGAGUCACCUGCUUUUCCAUCAUGACUACAGAUUUGGCAAUUCCAUCCUACAAUGGCAUCACAGAUACAGCAUUAUCAAAUCGCUUGCUUCUGCCGUUCUUUAUCUCCACGAGGAAUGGGAUGAGCAAGUAAUUCACAGAAAUAUUACCUCUUCUGCUGUUAUUCUUGAUCCAGACAUGAACCCAAGGCUCAGUUCUUUUGCCCUUGCUGAAUUCUUGACACGAAAAGAACAUGGCCAUCAUGCAACUUCUAACACAAGCAGAUCAGUUCGUGGGAUUUUUGGUUACAUGUCACCAGAAUAUAUGGAAUCUGGGGAAGCAACGCCGAUGGCUGAUAUAUACAGCUUUGGCGUCGUAAUGCUCGAGAUCAUUAGUGGACAGAUGGCAGUAGACUUUCGACGGCCUGAGGUGCUACUGGUGAAGAGGGUCCAUGAAUUUGAGGCACGCAAAAGACCAUUGGAGGAACUGGCAGAUAUUAGGUUGAAUGGAGCGUACAAUCACAAAGAAAUGAUGAGACUGAUUAAACUAGGAAUUGGCUGUACACGCUCCAAUCCACGAUUAAGACCAAACAUGAGGCAGAUAGUAAGGAUACUUGAUGGCAACGACAAAUGCUUCAUGGAAGAUGGGAAAAAGGAGGAAAGAAUGAAAGAAUGGAGGCAAAUGAAUGCUUCUUCCUUGUCAUUAAUCAAGAGGAUCCAAGCUCUAGGAAUACAAUGA